AUGGGCAGGAGGAAAGCGCUGAGUAGUGGGUCACUGGGCCGGGCCCUUAUCCGCCAUCAGACUCAGCGGAGCCGUAGCCAUCGUCACACCGACACUUGGUUGCACACAAGUGAACUCAAUGAUGGCUAUGAUUGGGGUCGUCUUAAUCUUCACUCAGUGACUGAACAAAGCUCCCUCGAUGACUUCCUUGCAACUGCAGAACUUGCAGGAACAGAGUUUGUGGCUGAGAAGCUUAAUAUUAAGUUUGUGCUUCCUGAGGCUAGAACUGGACUGCUGUCUUUUGAGGAGAGCCAAAGAAUUAAGAAAUUACAAGAAGAAAACAGACAGUUCUUGUGUAUACCAAGGAGACCGAACUGGAACAAAAGAACUAGUCCAGAAGAACUCAAACAGGCAGAGAAAGGUAGCUUUCUAGAAUGGAGACGUCAGCUUGUCCGGCUAGAAGAGGAACAAAAGCUAAUACUAACUCCGUUUGAAAGAAAUUUGGACUUCUGGCGCCAGCUUUGGAGGGUCAUUGAGAGAAGUGAUAUUGUGGUCCAGAUAGUAGAUGCUCGAAAUCCACUCCUGUUUAGAUGUGAGGAUUUGGAACGUUACGUGAAAGAACUAGAUGUCAAUAAAGAGAAUGUUAUUUUGAUAAAUAAGGCUGACUUGUUGACUGCAGAGCAGCGGAGUGCCUGGGCCUCACACUUUGAAAAAGAAGAUGUGAAGGUUAUUUUCUGGUCAGCUUUGGCUGAAGCCAUUCAACUGAAUGGCAACUCAAAGGAGCAAGUCAAUGGAGAUGCUGGAGAAACUAGUAUGACUGAGUUUGAAAACUUCAAUUUUGAUGAGGCUGAAAUUUCAUACGAUGAGUCUGAACACCUCCCGGGCAGAGAUUCUCCCUCACUUCGUAAAGGUGCCUCCAGUGAUGAAAACAGCAGUGAGUAUGAGGACUGCCAGGAAGAGGAAGAGGAGGAGGAGGAGGAAGAUUGGCAGACAUGCUCAGAAGAAGACAGCAACCUUGAAGAGUCCCAUGGCCAGGAUGGGAGGGGAAGCUGUACUAUAGGUUCUGACACUCAGGGCAGGAAAGCCCCACAGAAAAGACUAACACACAAUUUUAGCCAUCUGGUAUCGAAACAGGAAUUACUGGAGAUCUUUAAGCAGCUACACACUGGAAAGAAGGUGAAAGAUGGACAACUUACUGUUGGACUGGUGGGGUACCCAAAUGUUGGUAAGAGUUCGACAGUCAACACCAUCAUGGGCAAUAAGAAAGUGUCUGUGUCUGCCACACCUGGUCACACCAAGCAUUUUCAGACUCUGUAUGUGGAACCUGGCCUCUGCCUGUGUGACUGCCCAGGCCUGGUGAUGCCAUCCUUUGUCUCUACCAAGGCAGAGAUGACUUGCAGUGGAAUCCUACCAAUAGACCAGAUGAGAGAUCAUGUCCCACCUAUAUUAUUAGUUUGCCAGAAUAUUCCAAGACAUGUUUUAGAAACUACUUACGGAAUUACUAUCAUAAAGCCUAGAGAGGAUGAAGACCCUCACCGACCUCCAACCUCAGAAGAGCUGCUGACGGCUUAUGGAUAUAUGCGAGGAUUUAUGACAGCCCAUGGGCAGCCAGACCAACCUCGAUCUGCACGAUACAUCCUGAAGGAUUAUGUCAAUGGUAAGCUGCUGUACUGCCAUCCUCCUCCUGGAACUGAUCCUGUGCUCUUUCAACAUCAACACCGGCAACUCCUAGAGAACAAAACAAACAGUGGUGAAGUAAGAAUGCAGCCAGGCAGAAACAAGAAAGCAGAGCAGAUUGAAAAUAUAGUUGACAAGACAUUUUUUCAUCAAGACAGUGUGAGAGCUUUGACCAAAGGAGUCCAGGCUGUAAUGGGCUACAAACCUGGGAGUGGCUUGGUGACUGCAACUACUCUGAGCUCUGAGACUGUAGCUGGGAAGCCCUGGAAAAAACAUGGCAACAGAAAUAAAAAAGAGAAAAGUCGUAGGCUCUACAAGCACCUAGAUACGUGA